AUUAAUGAAGUGUACAAUUUUUUCAGGAUGACAAAGUUUCAAUACUUGAUGAUGCAAUUGAAUACCUUAAAAAGCUUGAGAGAAGGAUAAAAGAGUUGGAAGUUCAAAGAGGGAUAGCAAAUAUGGAGCCGGGGACUAGAAGAUCACCUCAAGAUAUGGUAGAAAGGACUUCUGAUCAUUAUUUUAGCAAAAACAACAACGGAAAGAAAUCAGUUGUAAAAAAGAGAAAGGUCUGUGGCGUGGAUGAGACAGGAAAAGAGAUUAAUUCAGAUGCUUUAAAAGGAAGUUAUGCUAAUGAUAUUACUGUGAGAACUAGUGACAAUGAAAUUGUGAUCGAAAUGAAGUGCCCCGCAAGAGCAGGAAAGCUACUAGAAAUUAUGGAAGCAGUUAAUAGUCUCAGUAUAGAUUUUAAUUCGGUUCAGUCAACAGAGGCUGAUGGAAAUCUUUAUCUGACCAUUAAAUCUGUGCUCACAGGAGCAACUAUUGCAACAACCAAAAGAAUCAAACAAGCACUUCAAAAAGUGGCUUCGAAGUUCUGAUUUUUUUUUUCUCUUCACCUUAAACCAUGGUGGUGUUCAAUUCAGCUCUUGCCACUGCAUACAGAAUUCAUGAGAUCAAAGGAGUCAAAAUAGAAUAUCUUUUUGAAGAUUUUCCACGAAAGGAAGAUGCGGUCUCACUCUUUCGGCUAUACCUUAACUCAUGGUGAUGCAACGUGGACUUUUUGGCACUUGUAAAUGGUUAGGUAGGCUUAGCUGACUAGAUUCAUGUACUGUCAUUAGCUCGUAUGGCAUCACACUGGUUGACCAAUGACUAAAUACCGAUAGAGAGAGAGAGGUCCAUUGUUAAUUAUGAUAGCCUUCAGAGCCAUGCUUAAAGUUGAAAAUGAACCAACAACUUAGAUAAUUUUCUUAGUGUUCUAACUAAAAGGAACAACUAUUUCUACCAUGAAUCAGUAAUUCAGAAUUUGUUUAUGGAUUUCUCA